AUGAAUUUUGCACUUUCAUCACCACAAACUCCUCCGCCCAAAACCAAGCUUCCCAGAAUACCAAAUGCACCACAAUCACCAACAAAAUUACACACCAAAUCUCUACCUACAGUGUUAGAAAUGACAACAUCAACCCCUGAAAAGGUCGCUGUGCUGUCACAACCAGUAUUUCCACCAUUACGUGCAUUUGAUCGUGCUUGGUCUUUAACCACUGAUGAUAGUCAUAUUCCAGUUUAUGAUCUACUCAAACUAUUACAUAAUUUACGAUUAGAGUCACUUCAUGACAUGCACGAAGAUAAUGAACUAAUUCACAUGGAUGAUAUGGUGAUUAAAUCACGAAUAGUUGAGCAAACAGAGUUUUUGCACAAUGUCAAUAAAGAACAAGCAUACCAGAUAAUAUACCAGAGUUUCUACGAUGCCAAAGAAAUUCUGAAAAAUACUGGGAGUCUAAAUUUGCAAUAUGAUAUUUUUAACAAUCAAUAUGAUCUGAUGAUAAUGAUGGCAAGUAAUAAUGGGAGUCAGGAAGAUAAUGACGACGAAGAUUAUGAUGAGACAGCAACGUUAAUGGAAAUGACCCAGAACUCUCCACUACAAGAAGAUUAUGAGGAUAUUCUUAUUCCACAACAAAUAUCAAAUUGGGUAAAACCAAAUAUAAAACUAGCAUUAACAGAAUUAGAACAGUUUCAUAUUAAACUAAAUAACCAAUAUUUGGGUUUAGAAAAUGAUUUACGACAAAUAAAACUGAAAAAUGAUUUAGAUUUAAAGGAGUUGCAAGUUUUGGUUGGGAAAAAUGAUCAUUUGAUAAGUAAAUUAAAUGAUAUUAGAGAUGAACUAUCCGGCAUCAAUAAUUGUUUAAUGGAGUAUAGAGACCAAUUUGAUAUGGAUAGUUUCAUAGCAUGCGAUAAUGAGAAAACAAAAGAAUGGCAAUCACAGUUGUUGAAUAAUAAUAAUGAUAGUAAUAAUAAUGAGGAAUUAAUGGUUUCCUGUUUCCAAUCUAUUGACGUAAUUGAGAAAGAAGUAUUAGAAGUCGAUAUCAAACUGAGUUGGUCCCUUGAUAAUACCCCUCUUACAACAGAAAUAAGAAUCUCUGAGAAGGAUCAUAUUUUUGUGUCUGAGACCAAAGAAGCUACACCUGACGUGCAACAAGUUGCUGAGACUGUACCUAAAACUGACAAUACUAGUGGUAUUGAGACAGCAGAUACAGUACAGAAAACCUCAAUUAUACCGAUAAUGUCUGACAAUGGAAGUAGUGACGACAUUAAAGAGUCAAAUUUGGUAAAAUCUCACAUUUCAAAUCCAAAUGUCACAGAAAUUAAGAAAAAGGGAAAGCUUAGUAAACAUAGUCACUACAUUGUUAUUGUGGCUAUAGGUGUAAUUUUUGCUUAUGUUAAAAGUAUGCUCUAA